UAAAGUGGUAGAUGCCCGAUUUUGGAGCAAGCAAAGGUUUAAGUGGUUUUAUUAUCUUAAAUAAUUUUGCAGAAACUUCUCUUAUAAAAGCAAUUGGCGAAAGGGAAGAAAGCAUCAGUUGAAGAGUUGAACAACCAUCAGCAGUAAUGAUCGCCUUCGUUAAAAUUUCAUGCAUCGCUUUAUUGGCCUUUUGCUGCCUGGCUGAGGCGAAAUAUGUGCCCGGAGAUUCCUAUAUAGACGAUUCGGAAAUCUUUUACAUCGAUGAGAUUUGGUAUUGCGACAAAAUCGUUUGCCCCGCAGGCACCAACGGCUGUACGAUCAUCAAGCGCAACAAUCCCAACAGAGACGACGAAUUGAUUUGUAACAAUAUUUGCUAUGACAAGGAUGGCAAGACUUUGAUGAAGUUCUCAUACACCGAGACCUUGCCGAGAGCGAUGAAAGUUGAUAUAUAUGUAGACGCUCAUAUACGCACUGAGUCGGUGUGGUCCUUGAGUUACAGUCCGUCAAGUCAAGAAGUAAAUGCCACCAUCGCAGUGGCAGACUUCCCACAACUACAGGAAACUGCCAGAAAAAUAAUGACGGAAGUUGACGAAUCGAAUGCCCUUUGGCAAAGAGCAAGCGGUAGAUUUUAAGGCACUACAGGAAUAAAUUAUUAUUUUCUUUAA